UCUUGUGAGGCAUCAUAAACUUCGAGCACGGAUGACAAUGCCCCUAAAAAAAAGAAAAUUACUCCAAAACCACGAUCACUUUUGCCCAUUAAACUCCUAAAGGCCACAACUUUCCCUGCCGCAUCCUCCCAGCCCUUUCGUACUCUUCACAUUCAGCGGCUUUUCUUCCACCAUUUUCUGCACCUCUUUUGCUCACCCCAGCUCAGGGCCGCCGACUCUCGAAUUAUCUCUUUCAUGCUGCCGCGAUGAACCUUUGGACCGACGAUAACGCCUCAAUGAUGGAAGCCUUCAUGGCUUCAGACGUCCAGAUCUUUCCCUGGACGCCGGCGCCGGCAUCGGAGACACAUAUCCCCACUUUAUCCUCUGCUCCAGGCGGCGUACCGGAGUACUUCAACCAGGAAACCUUACAACACCGCCUCCAGAUGCUAAUCGAAGGAGCAAGGGAAAGCUGGACAUACGCCAUCUUCUGGCAAUCCUCCGUCGAUGUUGGCUUCGGUGCUUCCAUUCUCGGCUGGGGAGACGGUUACUACAAGGGCUGCGAGGAGGACAAGCGGAAACGGAGGAAAAGCGUGCUUCGGGAACUCAACUUCCUGAUAUCUGGCGCCGGAUCGUCGCCGGACGGUGCUGUGGAGGAGGAGGUCUCUGAUACCGAGUGGUUCUUCCUCGUAUCGAUGACACAGUCGUUCGUAAACGGCUCUGGUCUCCCAGGUCAGGCGUUUCUGACCGGCUCCCCUUCUUGGAUAGCCGGCAAGGACCGGAUCGCCGUUGCGUCUUGCGAGCGCGUGAAGCAGGCCCAUGUACUCGGGCUGCAGAGCAUGGUCUGCGUCCCCAUCGAAAGCGGUGUUCUCGAGCUCGGAUCGACGGAGUUGAUCUUCUACAGCGCCGAGAUGAUGAACCGGAUCAAGAUCCUGUUCAAUUUCAACAACCUCGAGGCCCCGGAGGCAGGAUCGUGGCUCCCAUCGCAGCCAGUCACGCCGGCGAUGCCCGACCAUGGUGAUACCGAUCCCUCUGUGAUGUGGAUAUCGGAUCCAUCCUUUAUCGAGAUCAAGGAUUCCGCAUGUCCUGCAAUCGCCGAAAUCUCUGUUUCAAAACCACAAUUUUAUUUGGAUAACCCUAGCAGCAGUAGUCUCACUGAAACCCACACAUUGAUUCCUCCCCAACCACAGCCGCAAAGCCCCCAACAACUGCAGCAACCGGCUUCAUUUUACACCCGAGAGCUCAAUAUCUCUGAUUUUGGAAUAACUAGCGCCGGCCCUCGCCAGUCCUUCAAAUUGGAAUCCGGUGACGCUCUAAAUUUCGGCGAAAGGAAUUCCUCCCCCGCUCCCGCUACUACCGGAUUCCUCUCUAACGAGAAAAAGAGGAAGAAAUCCUCAAACAACGACGAAGGCAUGCUCUCCUUCGUCUCAGCCGGUCAGGAGAAACCCUUGGCCACCACCGAAGACUCCGACCACUCAGAUCUAGAGGCAUCCGUUCGCGAGGUGGAAAGCAGCAGAGCAGUGGAGCCGGAGAAACGGCCGAAGAAGCGUGGGCGCAAGCCAGCCAACGGCCGAGAGGAACCCCUCAACCACGUGGAAGCCGAGCGGAUGCGGCGAGAGAAACUCAACCAGCGUUUCUACGCCCUCCGCGCCGUGGUUCCCAACGUCUCCAAGAUGGACAAGGCUUCGCUCCUCGCCGACGCAAUCUCCUAUAUCAAGGAACUCCGUUCAAAGCUUCAAACUCUGGAGAACGAGAAAGACGGACUGGCAUCGACUGUAGAGACGCUCAAAAAGGAGCGCGAUGCGGCGCCAGUCCGGAUGCAGGAUCAGGAAGCGAGAAUGGGGAGCGGCAAUGGGCGGUGCGUUGGUGUAGAAAUUGAGGUGAAGAUACUCGGUGCGGAGGCGAUGAUUCGUUUGCAGUGCAAUAAACGAAACCACCCUGCGGCGAGGUUGAUGGCGGCGCUCAAGGAACUGGAUCUGGAGUUAUACUACGCCAGCGUAUCGGCCGUUAAGGAUCUCAUGAUCCAGCAAGCAACAGUUAAGAUGUCGGGGCGUGGGUAUACGCAGGAGCAGCUUAGCGCUCUGCUUUACUCCCGCGUCGCAGAUCCAGCACCUUCACCUUCCUAAGCUUCAUCCCUGUACAAAAAAAAAAAGGCCACCUUUUUAAUGCUGCCAUUAAGCCUUCGAUCCAUCCACCUGGCAUCCGUAGUGUCUGUGCUGCCAAGCCAUCAUUUUGAGGUUCGUGCGGGUUCAGCAUUGAAAUUGGAGUGUGUGUUCCAAUAUG